GCCAUUGAGAACCUCAUCCGCAGGUAGGCACCAAUACCAUAAUCCAAUAAUAGUGACCACAUGUCUAUAUCCAACAGCUUGAUAUUGCUAUAUCCACCAAGAUCUAGACUCUGAGAUGUCUGACACUAUUCGAAAUACUGAGCCACACAAGCUGUGCUAACAUCUGUCUAGUCCACAAAUCUACCCAACAGUAUUGGCUUUCAUGUUGCAAUAUAUUGGUGACUGGGUCACCGCAGACAUACCGCAUCUUAAUUUUAAGAUCGGUCGACUGAAGGCGGCUUCAACUUGGUUAAUUAAAAACACUAUUACCACAAGAGCAGUGUAUGUCCCUGUAUAAAUCAUACAUCUCAAGGUGUCGUGUGGCUAUAAGCAAGAAGUCCACAGGUUGAAAGAUGCGACUACCUCCUAUCGCGCUUCUCACUAGCCGGUCAACAGAACAUCGCACUGAAGCAGAGACGAAAGUAUCCCCAGAGAUGGUCAUUGGCACCAUACUUGCUACUCUUGUCACCGUUAUUUUGACAAUACGUUUAUAUACCCGUCGGCGGUUAACUCGGGGAUUUGGGCUUGACGAUAUCUUCAUUGCGCUCGCAUAUCUUCCAAUCACCGCAUUUACUAUAAUCGGCAUUAUUUUUAGGGAGAAAUUUCAGCACAAUCACCAAUCCGGACACGGAAAUCCAGAUCUCGCUCCUGGUGGUAUACAAUUAGUAUUUGCCAACCAAAUUCUGUUCGAAUUGGCAGCCAGCUUAACCAAGUUGUCGAUACUUACCCUGCUCUAUCGGCUCACAACUGCGUCGAGGGAUCGCAGGAUAACCAUUGCCGUACUCAUAUCUAUGGGAUUUAUUAGCGUCAAUUGUGCCAUCUUCAUUAUUGUUAGCUGUCUCCAAUGCAUACCUUUGUCAGAUUAUUGGAACAUCUCCGUCCCGUCACGACAUUGCAUUGAUUGGAAUAUUCACAUGUUCGCUGCCAGUGUUAUCAACACCACCACCGAUUGGGUCGUUGUACUCCUACCUAUCCGAAUAGCCCUUGGGUUGAACUUACCUAUUAAGCAAUUAGGUAUGGUCAUAUUCUUGUUCGGGCUCGGUGUGCUCGCGUGCUCCGCAGGAAUUGCUCGGAGUUACUUCGCGUGGAACUUGGCUUUUCAUUCCAGCAAUAUCACCCGCGAUCGCCGGUUUGCCUGGUUUACUAGCACUGUUGAGCUAAAUUUUGGGAUAAUAUGUGCCUCAAUUCCAGCUGCGAGGCCAUUUUUUAUAACCUAUCUCCCGGAAGUCUUCAGGUCGUUCCGGCAACGUAGUUCCAUGAUAUUCAGGGACAGAAUACCACUUACAAACACAACGUCUUUUACGACCUUUAUUGAUCGCUCGUUAUCGACAUUAUCCCUUCCACGGCGCUUAACGCCGUUACCCUCCAGUCAUCAACGCGUCAAUCUCAAUAAACCGCUACCCCCUAUCCGACCACCCCGACAUACCAAUCCCGAGGCGCAAGCAGAGACUGAAACGUAUCUAAACCCAUCAUACAACUCACUGCAAGUACCACCUCGCAGCUACUAUAGAGCCAAUACAUAACCGAGCAACUUACAAUCGAGAGACUGGAUCUCCAUUAUGUAUCAAGAUAACAGCCCAAGGCAUGGCUGGUAACUCGCCCAUACGGCAGAAUUCUGUAAGAAUUCUCCUUGAUGGGGCUUGAUCUAGUUCCAGGCGUUCAAGGACAUCUAUGCUUUUUUUUUCUUUCUUUUUUUUAUGGAUACCCGGGUUCCUAUUACGCAACUACUUGCUUUCACUCGUUGAAGCCAAAUGAGAAUGCUGAGACUGGGGAUAGUCUCUUCGGGGGGUUAAGGGUAGGCAUGGAAGAGCAGGUUGGAUUGGGAUGCUACCUAUCAAUGUCUAUGCACGACUCUUCCACACUCGUUUCCUAUAGCUCAUAGCUCUCGCCCAUCGAGGGCUUUGAAAGGAGAAGGGAAUCCGCUUUAGGUCAUAGUGUACGCUUACCUAUAGAAAGUAGUGUAGUGUAGUCUAGGUACUUUGCGAGAAUGAAACCACCUCGGAGAAGCAGAAACAAAUCAUAAACCGUGUUUUAUGCCUGCAUGAGGAUCUACAAUGUACAACCUUAAAGAAACCGCAUGUGCUAGACAAUCUACGUCCCUUGAAUGCAUAGGUAAACACC